UGUAAUAAAGUGUAUAUAAAUGAAAGUUUGUUUAAAGUGCGAUAUCCAGUGUGUGUUAUAUGAAGAAAUAAAAAUAGAAAAUAAUUGGCGCAAAUAACUGGGGCAGGUCACCCUUAGUUUUUCUUCUAUUGUUGUUUUGCUAUUUUUGGCUAACAAUCAUAUAAAACAAAACAAAAAAACACUACCAAUAAUGGCUUUGACUGUGGUAAAAUAUCGUAAAUCUGCUACUGGUGAGACUACAGCUACUCCUGCAAUUUUAAUUAAAAACAAAUUGCCUUCAUCUUCAAGCACUGUUGUUAAACAAGAAUCUACGCAGGAUAAUACAAAGAAACCCUUUAUAAAACUAGAAAGUGGCUCUGGUUUGAUUAUCAAUAAAAUACCAGCUAUAAUAAAACCAGCCACCAUGAAACGUGUUGGUGUUACCACGGGAGAGCCAGCAUUCAAAUCUACCAAAUAUUCUCUGCAAACUGUGGCUUCAGCAGGUACACCUUUGACUAGUUUUCAAUGGCAACAGACAAUUGGCAGCACAAGUGCAGUCAAUGCCAAAAAACAGCAGCAACAAUUGGGAGCAGCCAUUAGCUCUUUACCACCAAAUACCAUCAUAAAGGCCACCACAGCACCCAGCAAUACACAUACUUUACAAAACCACAAUGGCAAUUCUUCCAUUUUGUCCACAUCUCUUAACAGCAGCUCUUCUGCUUUACAUGUCAGACGUCCCACAAUCUAUAUUAAACGUGAAUUACCUAAACGUAGCAUACGUUCAGUUACGCUAGAGCUUAUCGAAAAGAAUCCCCACAUACAUUUGGGGCUACAUACCACCCGUUUACCUCUGCUUAAAAAUGUCAUUUGUACUCGGGCCAACAUUACACUUCUCGAUUGCUACUUGACUUUGAAGAAAUUGAAACAGAAUGAAGAUUUUUCUUUGCUCGCUGAAUACUUUGAGAUGACUGAGGGUGAAAUCCAGCAAAUAUUUGCCAAGACUGUGGUUAAGUUGGCUCGCUAUUUGCGUUUUCUGAUACGUUGGCCCGAUAGUAAGAAAUACUAUGAUAGGCAUAAAAAUUUGCCUUUUACCUUUAGGCAGAAUCUUUCGCAUGUGCAGUCGUUGAUUGAAUGUGUGGAAACUGAUAUGCCAACUAGUCCGCUGCAGAUUGAUUGUACAAAUUACAAGUUUAUUUUAAGCAUUAAUACAAAUGGCAUUAUUUCCUAUAUAUCCGACGCUUUUGUGGGCCACCACGAUGACUUAACCAUUUUCAAUGCGGCCAACUUUAAAGAUGUCAUACCCAAGUAUCUAUCAUUAGUAGCCGAUCCCGGCAAAGCGAUACGACGCAAACGCAAACCAAAAUCAUCGUCAGCGAAGCAACAACAGCAGCAACCAGAUUUUCACACCAACAAUGGUGAAACGGAUUCAACAACCGAUUCGGCCGACGAAUCAGCAGAUGAUCUUGUGCAAAGCGACGACACGGAAGAGGGACGUUUAAGUAAGUACACAACAUCUCGAGUGGCCGGUGAGCUGGCCUCCCAUCAAAGUUUGACGGUGGUAAAUAGUGAGUUGACUUCAAGGCGGGUGAAAAACUUUAGCAUACCCACAAUGCGUGUACGGGAUACCGUGUGUCGUUUGCAGAUACGUCACAUGAUCAAUUGUCUGCACGAGUUUAAGAUUCUACAGCCGUUGGCCAUUCAAGAGCCAUUGCUUUAUCAGUAUCUCAAUGAGAUACUUAUUGUGUGUGGUGCCUUAAUAAAUCUGCAAAGAUAAAUAUCUAGCUAACAACAGUCACGUAAUACAGGCAAUUGUUGUAAUAUUGUUUUGUAAAAUAACUGAGUUUUGAAGCCAUUAAAGUAGGCUUUCAUUUUUUACUUUUUACAAAUUUAAAAAUAAUUGAUUUAUAUUUCCUUUAAAUGCUUAAUUUAAUCACUCGUCUUACUCAUUUUGGUUUUUAUCCUCUGAAAAAUUUUCAACUUUGAUUUUGUUCUACUACUUUUUAUUAUUAUUUCCUUUCUUCUAUUUUUUUUUUUUUUUAAUAAAUAACUUUAAUUUUGUAUUAUAAAUUUUUGCGGCUUUAAUUUGAUCAUACAUACAUUAUGUAAAAUACAUCAUUUAGCUGUUAUUUAAGUUGGAAUUUUCUGUGGAAACUAGUUUAUUCUGAAUUUAGCAAUAAAACAAAAGUUGUAAUAUAACAAACAUA